CGCAGCCCCUGCAGGAAUCGCUUCUAGAAGCUCAUUGCGGUGGCGUUGGUCCUGGCUGCGUCUCCUGCGGCAGUUUCUGCAAGGCCAUACACUGAAUUGUUGGAACCCUUGAUAUUUUGCUGUCUGUAGUGCCUCUUGGUGGACUAUACUAUAUUCAACUAGAGUCUAAAGAGGACUGGAUUCCUGCUGGUGACAGACAUUGCGAGCCGUAGUACUCUUGAACGAGAUGACUGCCGUCUCCCCAGACCCUCAAACUCUGGCCUCGAGUGAACAGAGCAAGGUCCUGAGAAUGGAUACUCGUGGGGAUCGAGAAGCUGUGCUAAGAGGAGACCCCGCGGACCCAGAGUCGUUCAGGCAGAGGUUCAGGCGGUUUUGUUACUCAGAAGUGGCUGGACCCAGAAAAGCCCUGAAUCAACUCUGGGAGCUCUGCAUUCGGUGGCUGAGGCCAGACAUCCACACGAAAGAACAGAUUUUAGAGCUUUUGGUGUUUGAGCAGUUCCUGACCAUUUUGCCUGGGGAGAUCAGGAUUUGGGUAAAGUCACAGCAUCCUGAGAGUAGUGAGGAAGUGGUGACCCUAAUAGAGGAUUUGACCCAAGCACUUGAGGCAAAGGAAGAUCCAGUCUCUGAGGAUUCUGUUCUUUCCCAAGAGGAGCCUUCUGAGGAAGAUAAAAUGGUAUCUGUCCUUCCAAAUACCGAGUCCUGGGAAUCUGUGACAUUCAAGGAUGUGGCUGUGAACUUUUCCAGAGGAGAGUGGAGGAAGCUGGAGCCUUUUCAGAAGGAGCUGUAUAAGGAAGUGCUACUGGAGAACUUUAGGAACCUAGAGUUUGUGGGCUUGCCAGUUUCCAAAUUAGAUUUGGUUUCCCAGCUAACGUGGGCUGAACUACCACGGCUGCUGGAAAAAGAAAUCUCAAAAGGCUCCAGAUCAGAUUGUAAACGUAGAGGUGAAUUGAAGGAAUCUGUUCAAAAUCAAGAUGUUUGUUUGGAAGAAGCAACUUUAGAUGAAAUAAUAGAAAGAUACCUAAUGGGUAGUGAUUAUGGCUUGAUGGGAGAAUCCUGGAAACAUGGUGCAUUAGAGGAGGAUCGUAGCAAUAAGGAAUAUUCACAAUCAGCAGUCACACAGAAGAAAACGCGUGGGAGAGGCAAAAAGGGUGAGGAAUUUGACCCAGAAAGGGGCCCCUUUGGAAGUAAUUUCAAACAAACUUCAGACAUAAUUAAACAUCUGAGAGUCUACUUAAGGAAGAAAUCUCGAAGGUAUAAUGAAUGCAAGAAGCCCUUUAGUUUUCAUUCAGACCUUGUUCUGAACCGCAAAGAACACGGUGGAGAAAAGUCACGGAAAUGUAAUGAAGGCAGGAAAGUCUUAAGUCACUCUUCAUCUCUUACUGACCAUCAGAAACAUCAGAAAAUUCAUUUUGGGGAUAAGACUCAGAAGUGCACUAACUGUGGGGUGGCCUUUUUUCAAAGAUCAUCCCUUAGUAAGAGAAAAAGCUCUACGUGUGAAAAAUGUCGGAAAAAUUUAUGUCAAGCCACCGCCUUGAAUAAAGAUGAGGGAACUGAGACUGAAGAAAAAACCCAUAAAUGUAGCAAGUGUGGAAAAGCCUUUGGCUAUAGUGCCUCACUGACCAAGCACAGGAGGAUUCACACUGGGGAGAAACCCUAUAUGUGCAAUGAAUGUGGAAAAGCUUUCAGUGACAGUUCAUCACUCACGCCACAUCACAGAACUCAUAGUGGAGAGAAACCCUACAAAUGUGAUGAUUGUGGAAAAGCUUUCACCCUGAGUGCCCAUCUCAUUAAACAUCAGAGAGUUCAUACUGGAGAAAAACCCUAUAAAUGUAAAGAGUGUGGGAGACCCUUUAGUGACAGUUCGUCUCUUAUUCAACAUCAGCGAAUUCAUACUGGAGAAAAACCCUACACAUGUAACAACUGUGGAAAAUCCUUCAGUCAUAGCUCAUCCCUUUCCAAACAUCAGAGGAUUCAUACUGGAGAGAAACCCUAUAAAUGUGGUGAAUGUGGAAAAGCCUUUAGACAGAAUUCUUGCCUUACCCGACAUCAGAGAAUUCACACUGGAGAAAAACCGUAUUUAUGUAAUGACUGCGGGAUGACUUUCAGCCAUUUUACAUCUGUCAUUUACCAUCAGAGACUUCACUCAGGAGAAAAACCCUACAAAUGUAACCAGUGUGAGAAAGCCUUCCCUACUCAUUCACUCCUUAGUCGUCAUCAGAGAAUUCAUACUGGUGUAAAACCCUAUAAAUGUAAAGAAUGUGGAAAGUCCUUCAGUCAGAGUUCAUCUCUUAAUGAACAUCAUCGUAUUCAUACUGGAGAGAAACCCUAUGAAUGUAACUAUUGUGGAGCGACCUUUAGUCGAAGCUCAAUCCUUGUGGAACACCUGAAAAUCCAUACCGGCAGGAGAGAAUAUGAAUGUAAUGAAUGUGAGAAGACAUUUAAAAGCAAUUCAGGCCUCAUCAGACAUCGGGGAUUUCACUCUGGAGAGUGACUCUUGGAAGAUAGUAGGGUGGGGGGGUAUUUAGUCAAAAUUGUCCCUUAUUUAAAAACCCAGGCUGUAAACUACUACAGCAUUAAUUAGUAGCUGCAACUUCGUUGGGUUGGCGGCUAGGAAAAAUGUAAUUUUUCCCAUUGACCCCUCUUUCAAGGAUGUCAGCUUUUGGUAGAUAGUAAUAGGGUUGGUAAAUUCAUAUGAAAAGUGAAGAAAGUAGUAUGAGAUGAGAAAUGAUUCUAAAAGGCCAAAUGUGCAUUUAAAAAGCAGGGGAGGGGUGCACAGGACCCAUCUUAUAACCUUUUCUCUGGAGAUUUCCCUCUCUUCUAGCUUCCCCUUCCACUACCGUGUAGUGUAAUAGAAAGAGAACUUGACUGGGGUCAGAUAACCUGGCUUUUCUCCCUGUUUGCUGACCCACUUGCUCUGUACCCUUGGGCAAAUCAUUUGACCUUUUUGAAUUUUAGUUUCUCUACUGGUAGAAUGAAGCAAUGGGACUAAUGAUUUCUGAAGGGUUUUUUUUUUUUUGGUACCUCUGAUAUUCUCUGAAGCUGUGGGAAUAAGUUAAACCUUUUUGAUUCAUUAGAAUUUGCAAGUUUCUCUAGCAGAAAAUUACUCCUUUAGGAUACUGAACUUCGACUGAGUGAGAACGCAGUACGCUUUCUGAAUACUUGAUGCCAGGAUUGCUAGGAAGUUGUAAAGAGAAGCAAGCCGGUGGAGCUCCAACAAGUUUGCCUUCAGGGAAUCUUUUAAUUGGACAAAGCAUCCCAGCCUCUUUUUCCUCUGGCCACUGGCUGAGGGAAUGGGGAUCCUCGAGGGUGUGCACCUGAGCCGUCUCAGCCAUGGGAAUAACAGUCCUAGGAAAAGAGAUUCGGGGGUUGUGGGGGAUGGGAGGAAAAUAGAGCUAUUCUGGACAGAUUGCCUUUCGGAAAAUACAAUUCUAUUUUUUAAAAUUUUAUGUAUACUAAGUACAGCUUCCUGUAACUGGAUUGUAAACCUUCUGUAUGACAAAGGUCACAAACUAAAAUUGGGCCCUUUGACAUGUUUUAAUUGGUCUGUGCAGUAAGGGGUGGGUGUGUAUGUAUGUAUGUAUGUAUGUGAAAGUGGGUGGAAUUAGUGCCACCAUUUAAAAAUAAGGAAAUUUCAUACCAAAAAAGAGAAAGACUUGUUUUGAAAAAUAAAAAGUCUGACAACACUGGCCCAUACUCUGGUGGGUCAGUAGCUGGUCUGGGGUAGCAGCUGCUACUUUUAGAUGGAGAAUCUACUCUUCUACUUGCCAAGUUCUCUCACUUAUGUAACCUGACUUGCCCACUGUGGGAAUUUGAAAUUAUGAUCCCCUGCUAUCGGGAGAAUAUUUAUCCUAAAAUCUAAAGAGACUGCACUGAUAGUAGAAUUCAGGAAAAGAAUAUAGAAAAGAUGCUGAAUGAAUUUUCAGUUAAGUUUUCUGAUGUAAAAGUAGACCUCGAAGGACUAGUGUACAGAUUUUAGUGGAUUCUCCCUUAGAGAUUUCAUUGGUGCAGUCAAAUAAUAAUUUCUAACUGAAAAAGGAACUAAAAACCCAAAGUCAGUUAGGUUUGUCUCUCAGGUCAUAGGGUUCUGAAAGAGUCCCACUGACUCAACAAGGUAUAAAGUUCCUAAAUUUGAAAUCGGAGGCGGCUCCUAUAAAAAGAGCACUAAACCAGAAAACUUGUGGCUCAUCGAUGUGAAGAGAUCCGUAAUGCUCAUCUGAGACUCAGCAGUAUUUGCUGUGAUUUUAAUGGGUUUAGGUUUGCAGUGCUACCUCUGGAGGGUAUUUUUGGUUUCUUGUGCCCUGACUUCUCCCAAAGCCUAUAGUUCAAACACUGCUGUGUGAUGACUUGAUCUGCAGUUACUGCUAAAUGGACCAACCAGAGAUGGUUCAGCUAUGAAUGGAAUAUGGCUUAGGAGAACCACUUACCCUGGUUUAAAUGUUUUUCUGAAAAGACGUAAAUGCUGGUUUGAUUUUUUUGAGAAGAUGUAAUUUAUGGAAAGAAAUAUAUAAAAAUUCUUGAAAAGAGGCUUGUUCUAGGAUGUUAUAUCCCUGAAUUCAUAAGAGAAUGGUUUAUACCACUAUCAAUUGGGAAUCUGGAACAUAAAUUUUUUUAUAACGAAGUAUAAAUUACAUAUCAUAAAAAUCAUUUCAAGUGUACAGUUCCAUGAGUUUUAGCGAAUUCGUUGAGUCGUGCAAUCAUCACCAUAAUCCACUUUUAGAACAUUUUAUCACCUCAGUAAGAUCCCUCAUGUUCAUUUACGGUUUAUUCCCAUUCCCACCCCUGGUUCAAGGCAACCACUAAUUUGUCUACUCUCUCUGUAGUGUUGCCUUUUCUGGACAUUUUAUAUAAAUGGAUUCAUAUGUGGUCUUUUGUUAGUUUUUCACGAAUGUGUCUAAGUUCUUCCAUGUUGUAGCAUAUCAGUACUUUAUCCCUCUGUAUUAAUAAUAUCCACUUGUAUGGGUAUACCAUAUUUUGUCCAUUCACCGGUUCAAGGACAUAUGGGUUGUUUCCAGUUUUUGGCUGUUAGGAAUAAUGCUGCUUCGAAUGUUAACGUGAAAGUCUUCGUGUAGACAUGUUUUCGUUUGUCUUAGAUGCCUGAGUGGAGUUGCUGGGUCUUCUAGCCAUCCUAGUGGUUGAAGUGGCGCCUGUGGUUUUAAUUUGCGUUUCCUUGAUGGCUAAUGAUGUUGAGAAUGUUCUCAUGUAUUCUUUAGCUAUUCAUAUAUUUUCAUUGGUGAAAUGUUUUUUCACAUGUUUUGUCCAUUUAAAAAAUAGGGUUAUUAGUGAGUUGUAGUUCUUUUUAUCUUACAUACAAGCCUUCUUAUCCAGUAUCGACUUUCUAAAUACCAUGUUCUAGCCACAGAGGGCAACCUCAAACCCUGCUACACAAUAUUUAUCCAAAGCUUGGUUUCAGUAACUACUUACAUACCUUGCCUAAAGGAUAUUUAGUUUGACCCAUCAUCUAAAUACUUAAAUUCAUUUUUGAAUUCCGUCAGAUCCUCAGAAGGUUUUUAACUUUUGACUCCUGGUAGAAUUGCUUUUAUUAGCUUAUAUUUAACUUUAUGCCAUUUGGCUACGUUGAUGAGUAUUAAAAUCAGCCUUGUGACGUAUUUUACUUUAAAAUGAAGACCUUGCUUUUAAAAAUGUUUCCUCUUGAUGAGUUUCUAUUGAAGAAAUUCCUUUUAGGUCAUAAGAAAAGACAAGGCUUCUCCUGUCAACGAAUUUGCUUUUAUUUCCUUAUUUUAGAAUUUUUUCUUUUUUUUCUGCUUUUUCAUCCCAAAGCCCCUCAGUAUGUAGUUGUGUAUCUUAGUUGUGGGUCCUUCUAGUUGUAGCA